AUGCUGACCGGCUGGAUAGACGAGUAUAUCUGGAAGAACAGAAGCAGAGGAAAGGGUUCUCACGAGGGGCUAACCGACCUCAAAAUAAGAGAUAUGAGGGAUACCCCCGGAGACGAAAGUACGAGGGUGGAUCCAAAGAGGUGGGAUCGACCCAUAAUAGGCCCCGGGACAACAUUACUCAAACUUCCCCUGAGAAGUAGGAUGAUCUGCCAGGCAUUAGAGGUAUGGUUCAAUAACCAGGAGCUGGACCAUAACCAAAUGAUAAACCCAAAGACAUCCAAAUAUCAAGCCAACAAGAUCGGGUUCAUAUUUAAUAAACCGCCCUCAGGAACUUGUAGAAUAAAUACCACCACGAGUACCUGGGAAAGGUUGACUAGUGGGAAUGAAUUAUACGGGAGUCAAAGUUAUCAAAGGCAACUGGCAAUCUGCAUGGAUCUGAUGAGUAUGAUAUUAGUAAUCUAUCAGGAUCACCAAGGAGAAUCAGGAGGAUGGUACUUCGAAGCCCAGGACUUAUGUCAGGCCAUUUAUAGGGCCCUGGAGCAGUGGGGCGGAGAAGAAGUAGCCGAAGAAAUAAUGAACGAGUGGUUUAAUAAUAUGAAUAAGGACGAACUAGAGCGGGCUCACUUGAGAAUCCAUACCACCAAGAGAUCCAGGAACGCUCUAUGGAGGGAAUUUUUCCACACAGCCGGCAGUAUAGUGAAGAAGGUACAAUGCUACGAGGAGGACCACGACGCAGAGGAAUGGAGGACAACCUGUCUGCAGAGGGGGAACUCCAAGUCAUGCGAGACAAAAGGAGGGAGCGAGGAAUCCCGAACGGUUGAGGAGGUACAAGACCACGACCCCGAACAGGGGAGCGGAAUCGUAGAGGAGCUUAACGGGGGCGAAGAAGUGUUAAAAACGUAUGUCCCAAACAGUGAAGGUGUUGCCCCCAGAAAAGAGGACACGGGAGCGGAAUUCAGCAAAUCUAAUCCGCACCCAUAUCACUGUGGCACCAAGUUAAUGAUAUCUGAGGGGGCGAAUUGGAUCUUCAAGCAAACGCAG